UCUUGAUAGAACUAUGACGAGCGUGUUGGGUGCAGAGUGUGACAAAAUCCGAUUGGAUUAUGAAGCGGAGACGGAGCUGAGGCUCGGGUUGCCUGGAGCCAAUGGAAAUGAAGUUGAAUCAACUAAUAAAAACAAUGGCAAAAGGGUCUUUUCAGAAACUGUUGAUUUGAAAUUAAACCUUUCUAAUUCAAAGGAUUCUACAUUAAUGGAUAAUAUUAAUCAAGUUGAUAACAUGAAGGAGAAGAAGAAUAAUAUUGUUGUGCCAAGCUCUAAUGAUCCUGCUAAGCCACCAGCCAAGGCACAAGUUGUGGGUUGGCCACCAGUGAGAUCAUUCAGGAAGAAUGUAAUGACUGUUCAGAAAAACACCACCGGCGCCGGCGAAAGCUCCGGCACCGGCACCGGCGCAGCCUUUGUGAAAGUUAGUGUUGACGGUGCACCAUACUUACGUAAAGUGGACUUGAAGAUGUACAAAAGUUACCAACAACUCUCUGAUGCACUUGGCAAAAUGUUCAGCUCUUUUACAAUUGGAAAUUGUGGGACUCAAGGAUUUAAGGAUUUCAUGAAUGAGAGCAAAUUGAUAGACCUCUUAAAUGGUUCAGACUAUGUACCAACUUAUGAAGACAAGGAUGGUGAUUGGAUGCUUGUUGGUGAUGUACCUUGGGAGAUGUUUGUUGAUUCAUGCAAGCGUUUAAGGAUAAUGAAAGGAUCAGAGGCUAUUGGACUAGCACCAAGAGCAGUGGAGAAAUGCAAAAACAGGAGCUGAACUUAAUGUUCCAAUUAAUUGUUCAUUGUUUUUUU